GCUCGACGCGGCACUUCCGGUACUCCUCUCUCGCCGUAGCUGCUCUUCGGUAGCAAAACCGGAGCUCGCGUGGAGUUGUUUAUGUCGAGAUGAAGCACAAGACUAGCUGUUAUCUUUUUGGGCUGAUCAGUUUUUAUGAGCUCAUGGGCUGCGGUUUGACCCGGUUAUAGAUACAUAAAAAACGACGUUUCCUGAGUCCGAGUAACGAGCAGCGAACCGUUGGGUCGCGUUUCACAGGCGCGAGCGACGCGGCGGAGUCAUGUCUUCCAAAAUAAACAUCCCAAAGAGCAAAGACAGCGGAGAAGUUGUUAAAAACCACCACAAGCAGGCGUUUGAGCACAUCUCAAAGGCCCUGAGGAUCGACGAGGACGAUAAAGGUGUAAAGGAGGAAGCCGUGCAGUGGUACAAAAAGGGCAUUGUGGAGCUGGAAAGAGGCAUUUCAAUCGAGAUAACAGGACAAGGAGAGCAAUAUGACCGGGCAAAGAGACUUCAAGAUAAAAUGGUCACUAAUCUCACCAUGGCGAGAGAGAGACUUGCACUACUAGAGACUACACUGGCAUCUAAAAGGAGAAGCGAUCCUCCAAAGGCCUCAAAUCACCUUCUCCCCCAGCCAAAGCCUGUUCCCAAAAGUCAGUUUGGGGCUGGUGGUGUGUCCAGUACCGUCAAACCCUCUGCUACUGCCAGACCGGGACCCAGGUCCAACGAUGUAAAGGUUACCCCACGAGCGGGAAGAGGUCAUAAUGGAAGACCUGCUGCUGCGAGGCCACCCCAAAAGAGGGAUAUGAAAAACUUUAAGAAUGUGGACAGCAAACUGGCCAACUUGAUUCUGAAUGAAAUUGUUGAUGGUGGAACAACAGUGUCUUUUGAGGACAUCGCUGGACAGGAACUGGCCAAGCAAGCACUCCAAGAGAUUGUUAUCCUCCCUGCCUUACGACCAGAGCUCUUUACCGGCCUGAGAGCACCGGCGCGAGGUUUGCUGUUAUUUGGCCCUCCUGGAAAUGGGAAAACCAUGCUGGCCAAAGCGGUUGCAAUGGAGUCAAAUGCUACGUUCUUCAACAUCAGUGCUGCCAGCUUGACCUCGAAAUAUGUGGGAGAGGGCGAGAAGCUUGUCAGAGCUUUGUUUGCAGUCGCCAGAGAACUACAGCCAUCCAUCAUCUUUAUUGAUGAAAUCGACAGCCUGCUCUGUGAGAGAAGAGAGGGAGAACACGAUGCCAGUCGUCGACUAAAAACUGAGUUCCUCAUCGAGUUUGAUGGGGUGCAGUCAGGAGGCGGUGACAGAGUGCUGGUAAUGGGAGCGACCAACAGGCCUCAGGAGCUUGAUGAAGCAGUGCUCAGGCGCUUUGCGAAAAGGGUGUAUGUGAGCUUGCCAAAUCAAGAGACAAGAUUCAAGCUGCUAAAAAAUCUUUUGGGAAAGCAUGGGAGCCCACUUAGCCAAGGAGACCUGUCCCGACUUGCAAAAACAACUGCAGGAUACUCAGGAAGUGAUCUCACUUCUUUAGCCAAAGAUGCUGCACUUGGGCCAAUUAGGGAGCUGGGACCAGAGCAGGUCAGGAGUAUGGCUGCCAGUGAGAUGCGGAACAUCAAGUAUAAAGACUUUGAGGAGUCCCUGAAGCGAAUAAAGCCCAGCGUCAGCCCACAGACUCUUGAUAUGUACACCAAGUGGAACAAAGACUUUGGCGACACGACAUCGUUUUGAAACCCGGUAGCUCAUUUGCACUUAAAGAAAUCGGUGAAAAUAAAUUAACAGUUUGAAUAUUCAGUGUUGCUCCUCCAGGUAAAAAAUGAAAUUGACGAAUUUGAGGACUACCAUCUAAAUGUAUUUGUAAAAUCCUUGCACUGUACAUAGUAUAAAUAUUGAGAAAAGAGAAUCACUAUGAGCAAGCCUCCUGUUUUAUGGAAUGCUUUGCUAAUUAUUGGGAUUUUUUAUGAGUUUCUUUUCAGUGUUAUGUCUUAAAUGUGCUCUUUAAAUACUACUGCUGCCUGAUAUUGCAUAUUUAUUCUCAACUACUCCAUGCAAAACUAGAAUAUUGUGUUUUCUUGCCUCAAGAGGGCAGCAAAUUUCUGUAAAUCAUGACAUACAACAGGCUGGCUGGUAGAUUGAUGAUCACAUUUAUUGGUAAAGUGUGUUAUUGACAAGCUGAUGAAAUCAAUCACUAAUUUCUCACUGCACUUACCACAAGACCAGAGUGACAAUAUAAGGAUAACGAUUUCCUAAAUUGAAUGCAUUAAUUAUAAUGUAUCUUAAUCCGGGUUUGUGUAAUUUUUUUGCGGAGAAGUUUUCAUUUCAUAUACAGGUAAAGAUUUAAACACAUGACUUUUGACAUGGCAUGAUUUGAAAGUAGGAGGCCUAAUGGUUUGCUUAAGAUUCACACUUUUUUUUCCCUUACAUCCAUGAGUUUUGACACAUUUAGUAGAAUAGCAUCUCUUUGAGAGGAACUGUGUGUGGCUGCUACUUCCCUUGCACAAUAAUAAAUGUUAAAGAACUCUCUUAA